CAUGCUACUUCGACUAGGAGGUACUAGAUGACCACGCAUAAUUCCUGUGCUUCUGCUUCUGGUUGUGGUACCAGGUAAGUAACUAGAAGAACAAACUAAGUACUAUAGUUUCUAACUCAGGUUGGGGUGAAAGAGAGACCCAUGCGCAUUCUGUUGGAUACGGGCUCGUCGGACAACUGGGUCGUCAAAAGCCCAUAACGUGCAAGUCAUCUGUAUGGGGAGGAGGAGAGGGAGAGGGCACCGCUUCAGUCGACUGGGUUGGUUUCCGCGAACCACAAAACUGCUCGGCGAUGUUUCACUGUGUACAUCUUCAGGACGCAAGGCAUAAGAUGAAUGUCGAAGACAGUGAUGUCAUGUCCGCGAAUAUAAUGAGUGAACGCGAAAAGCGUUUACCAGAAAAAUUGCUUUUCGACUCCGUUCUCGAUAUAAUUAACAGCUCAUCGGCUAGUACCACAGCAACGCAGCGCGUUGUAGAAGCAAGAGUCGAUCAUUUUCCAGUUUACUAG